AUGGCUGCUGACAAAGUGGUUAGACGCCGAACCAGCAGGUAAGGCGGUCACAUUCAAGUGGUUAUAGUGGUGUAUGAUAAUAAAAACAAAACUGAGCCAUGUUGUGCCUAAUUUUACGACCCUUCUGAUUCUAAUUAAAUUAUAAAUGAGGUGGGGCUUCUAUAAAUAUUUAGAAAGAGUUUUAAUAAAAAACUUUGUGCUUUCUAGUAAUGUUUGAUACCGAACUAUACAAUAGGGAUGAGAGACGACCCGUUCCGAAGGAAGAGUAAGUCCUUGUACUAGACUAUUAGAUUUAAGAGGAGUACGUCAAACGCGAAGGUUCGAUUACCUUCGGGUCGUGUGUGCUGAUUCUGCAGACACCAACUAAUAGUCACUGAACAUUUUACCUUACAUUAUUUUAUAGAUAGAGGCCAGAAAUUCAACGAUUUUUUUGAUAGAGGAUGCUAUGAGGAGGGCGUUACAAAAAGCAUUUUUUAUGUGUACCUUUUAUGUUUUUCCCUAAAAUAUAUUAAUAGAAUUAACUCUUAAUAAAAAGACGUUGUUUUUUACCCAAACUAAUAUCAUUUUAGUUUCUUUUCGAAACGUCGCGUCAGGAAAGAGCCCGAGCAAUACGAGCACUUUGAGGAUGUGAUCGAGCAGGUCGAUCCCCUCGGGCGAUAUCAAAUCUUUGCCUGUUUUUGUAUUCUUUUCGCCCAAAUUGAAUGGACCGGCAACCUGUCUUUUGUGAAUAUUGUUGGAUCCACCGAACCUGAUUGGAAUUGUCAUCUGAGCAAUGGGACCAUUGCAACCAUUCCUCAGCCCGCUAAAGAUCACUGUCAUAUCAUCAAAGAGAACUGCUCCAAACUGUCGGCCGUUGAGGGCUCGGCCGAUUUCAAAUCGAUUGUGGCCUCGUUUCAGUUGGUUUGUGAGGACGCGAACAAGCCGCAGAUCAUUAAUAUCUUGCAGUCCGUCUCUUUGGUGGGUAUAGUUUUGAAAUUAUGACCUCUAUCCAUAAUCCAGAUGAUUGGCGCGAUUCUCGGAGGUCAUCUUGGAGAUGCUUUUGGCCGUCAAUUUAUGUUUUAUGUGUGCCAAUUAGGGAUUUGCAUCACAAGUUGUUUAAUCGUCGCUUCCACUGGAUGGCAGGGAUUUGCCGCCGCCCAAUUUUGCAAUGGAAUUCUCUACGGAAUAGUUGAAGUGGAAUCUGUAAGAAAAAUGCUUACAAUGCCUUGAAAAUGUUGAUGUUUUAGCUGACAAUGUUGAUGGAAAUGACGAGCGAUCAGUUCCGGAUGAUCCCCAAUGCUUGUUUCCAAACCAAUCUGGCCAAUGUUGUAGUUGCUUUAAUCGCAUUUUUAACCAAGGAUUGGCAAAUGUUCUUUGUUUUUUUGAAUCUGGUCAAUCUCCCAACGUGCAUGGGAUUUAUGUUGUGGCAUGAGAGCCCGCGAUGGCUGUUGGUUAAAGGCGAAAUCGCUUCAGCCUGUGAUGUAGGCCUUGAAGAUGCAAAAAAUAUAAAUUCAGGUCCUCAACGAUCUAACGGACAAGCGUUGGAAUGGGACUGAAGUCAAGUUUACUCCUCUGAAUCUGCAGAAGAUCCCUCAGGACACCUCCAAGAAGUUUUACUCCUUCUACGAUCUAUUCAGCAACCGGCGAUUUGCCAAGCAAUCAAUGUUGCAAAUAGUCAGCAUGAUCACUUGCGCCAUCGUCAGUGUCUGUUAUAUGAGAGUGAUCCGCGAGUUCAGCGGGAGUUCCAUUCUGAUCGUGUUCUUGGAUGGAUGUGUCAGGCUUAUUAUCCCCAUCAUAAUCAUCGUCGCUGACAUCAAAUUUGAUAGUUUUACCCGGCGAAUUCAAUUUCUGCUCGCUUUGUGUAAGUGAUUUAUUUGGGAUACGCUUGUUGGCCAUACUUAUCUUUUUUGAGUUUUAACCAAAAGGGCUGAUUUUUUGUUGAAAAGUUGUAUUCUCUAUUAAAAAAAGAACUCUGCAAGUAUAAAAUUGGAAAUCACAAAAAAAAUUAAAAUUUUCGGUUUAAAAUCUAGACAUUUCUGCUAAUGACAUCCCAAAAAAUUCUGUAACUCGUCAAAAAUUAUGAUUUUGUUUCGCCCCAACUUUCAAAAUCUUUUCUGUGCAUCCUGAGUGCUUCCCCUUCAGAAAUGUAAUCAUUUACAGCCCUGAUGGGAAUCUCCCUUUUGAUCGCCAUGAUCCUGGUGAUCUGUGGAGUCCCUUAUCAGAACCUAACAGUCGCAAUAAUCGUAACCUUCGGGGCCAUGAUCAACGACAGCGUUUUGUGGAUGAAUAUCAUCCAAGUCACCACUCAGAGAUACCCCACCGUAAUCCGAUGUUGUGCAUUUGGAUCGGUGUUUUGUGCAAAGUAAGUUCACCACCCCUCAUCACCACCUUUUAAGGCAUAUUGGGACGAUCAUCGGGAUAUUAAUUCUCCCUCCGAUCCUGGACUCUGAUUUCCCCGGAGGCGCUUUCCUGGUCCCAUUGCUUCUAAUUAUGGUGACUCUGGUUUUGGGGAUAAUUCUGAUGCCCGAGACCAAAGGAAAGGCACUGCUCGACACAAUGGACGAUGUGGAUUACACCAGAGUUGAGAAGGCAUUGCCUAAGGCGUUAUUAAAGUAAGUUUUUAAAAAAAUCUUUAAAAAUCAGCAAAUUUUUAUCACCCCAUAUUGCACUUGCUACUAAUCAAAAUAAAUUUAGAUUGGCCACGAUCCAUCGAGUGAUUCAACAAGAAAAUCAAAAGAAAAUCGACGAGGAAAACAAGGAAAGAUACGACGAAUGGAAAAGGGGAUUGAGGGAACAACCCGGGAACUCGAAUGUGGCCUUCGAAGAGGGAAUCACGGAUUCGGAAUAG